CUGCGUAUCACAUGACAACACAGCGAUAAGUUAGCUACUGUGCUAACGCUGAUAAAAUGGCAGCGUUUUUACAGUGGAGGAAAUUUGUAUUCUUUGAUAAAGAUAGUGUGAAGGAUCCUGUGGAUAAUGGGAAAAACUUUGCUCUUCCGAGCGGAAUAUCUGCGUGUGACUCCGGCAGAGGACACAUCGUCCUGGGAGAUAUGGACGGCGGAAUCUGGACUCUGACACGCUCCCUGCUGUUGACAUCUUUUCAGGCCUACAAGUUGCGAGUAACACACCUGUACCAGCUGAAGCAGCACAGCAUCCUGGUAUCUGUUGGGCAGGAUGAACAAGGAAUAAACCCUCUAGUAAAGGUCUGGAACCUUGACAAGCGAGACAGUGGAAACCCUCUCUGCACCAGGAUUUUCCCUGCAAUCCCUGGCAACAAACCAACAGAAGUGUCCUGCCUCAGUGUACAUGAAAACCUCAACUUCAUGGCCAUUGGCUUCACAGAUGGCAGUGUGGUUUUGACCAAAGGAGACAUCACUCGAGAUCGUCACAGUAAAACUCUGACUCUGCACGAGGGAACCAGUCCCGUCACUGGCCUCGCUUUCCGCCAGAUGGCAAAGGUCACAAAUCUGUUUGUUGCCACUCUGGAGAAAGUGCAUUGCUACACCCUGUCCAUCAAGGAGUAUCCUAAAGUAGAGCUGGACACACACGGCUGUGCUCUGCGCUGCUCCUCCCUGGCUGAUCCCUCCCAGGAUUCCCAGUUCAUCGUGGCUGGAGAUGAUUGUGUGUACCUGUACCAGCCCGAUGAAAGAGGGCCUUGUUUUGCUUUCGAUGGACACAAGCUGUUGGCCCACUGGCACCGCGGAUAUCUGUUUUUACUCAUCAGGGAUACAAAGUCACCCAACAAGCCAGAGUUUGGCAGCAGAGGGAGCUCUCCAUCAGACAAACAGCUUCUGACCAUAUAUGACCUGGACAACAAGUUCAUCGCCUACAGUGCCGCUUUUGAUGAUGUCAUUGAUGUGGUGGCAGAGUGGGGCUCCUUCUACAUCCUGACCAGAGAUGGAAACAUGUUUGUUCUGCAGGAAAAAGACACACAGACCAAACUGGAAAUGCUUUUUAAGAAGAACCUGUUUGUGAUGGCCAUCAACCUGGCUAAGAGCCAGCAUCUGGACAACGACGGACUGUCGGAGAUCUUCAGACAGUAUGGGGAUCACCUUUACCUGAAGGGGGACCAUGAUGGAGCCAUACAGCAGUACAUACGCACCAUUGGAAAACUGGAGCCAUCAUAUGUCAUCAGGAAAUUCCUAGAUGCACAGAGGAUCCACAAUCUUACAGCAUAUCUGCAAGCCCUGCACAGACAGUCACUGGCCAACGCAGACCACACCACACUGCUGCUGAACUGUUACACCAAGCUAAAGGACAGCUCCAAGCUGGAGGAGUUCAUAAAGAGCAGUGAAAGUGAGGUUCACUUUGACGUUGAGAUUGCCAUCAAGGUUCUUCGGCAGGCUGGUUACCACAGCCACGCUGUGUUCUUGGCUGAGAAACAUAUGCACCAUGAAUGGUACCUUAAGAUACAGCUGGAAGACCUCAAGAACUAUCAGGAAGGCUUGCGUUACAUUGGACGUCUUCCUUUUGAACAAGCUGAGAGCAACAUGAAGCGUUAUGGCAAGACGUUGAUGCAUCAUGUUCCUGAAGGUACCACGCUGCUCUUAAAGGGCUUAUGCACCAACUACCAACCCAGCGGAGACACUGCUGAGAGAGACGGGACGGAGACUGGUCGGUAUGACAAGGCAAACUCGGAGGAAUUCAUUCCAAUUUUUGCCAACAAUCCUCGGGAGCUGAAAGCCUUCCUGGAGCACAUGAUUGAGGUGGACCCUCGCUCUCCUCAGGGUGUGUAUGACACACUGCUGGAACUUCGCUUACAAGACUGGGCCCAUGAACAAGACCCUGAGCGUAAAAAGGUCCUGCAGGGGGAGGCUGUAUCGCUGCUGAGGAGUGACAACACAGUGUUUGAUAAAGCUUUGGUCCUCUGCCAGAUGCACAACUUCAAAGAAGGCGUCCUCUACCUUUAUGAGAAGGGCAAACUAUAUCAGCAGAUCAUGCACUACCACAUGCAGAAUGAAGAGUAUGGUAAAGUGGUAGAGGCCUGCAAGCGCUACGGGGACCAAGAGGGCUGCCUUUGGGAGCAGGCACUUGGUUAUUUUGCCAGAAAAGAAGAAGACUGCAAGGCCUACAUCAGUGAGGUCCUUCAUCACAUUGACCAGAACAACCUGAUGCCUCCUUUACUAGUGGUGCAGACGCUGGCACACAACUCCACUGCCACUCUCUCAGUCAUCAAAGACUACCUCAUCAACAAGUUGCAUAGGGAGAGCCAGCAGAUAGAAGACGAUGAACGCAAAAUCCACCAGUACCGCGAGGAAACGGCUCACCUUCGCUCGGAGAUUCAGGAGCUCAAAACAAGUGCCAAGAUAUUCCAGAAGACCAAGUGCAACAUGUGCAACAGCCCCCUGGAGCUGCCAUCUGUUCAUUUCCUGUGCAGCCACUCCUUUCACCAACACUGCUUUGAGAGCUACGCAGAGAGUGAGGCUGAGUGCCCGACCUGCACUCCAGAGAACCGCAAAGUCAUGGACAUGCUGCGAGCUCAGGACCAGAAACGAGACCUGCAUGACCACUUCAACAGACAGUUACGCAGCUCUAAUGAUGGCUUCUCUGUUGUGGCGGACUACUUUGGUCGAGGAGUGUUUAACAAACUGACUCUGGUCACUGACCCGCCUGGGAGCAAAACCGUUGGGAGUCUUGAAGUCAACCUGCAGAGAGAUCUUCUCAUCCACACCAAGCGAAACUCUUAGAAACCUGUUUGUUCUCUCCACCUGAGAAGGCACCGAUGUGUCCAGCUUUAUAUCACCGCAAGCUCUCUGCAACACGAUUUACUGCACAGGAUGCAUCAUGUUUUCAGCAGCGCAUGCAGUUGUCUGCCUUCAGUACCUAUGAUGGACCUAUUUGUGUUGUAAUGCUCCCAGUCUUAGUCCAAUUCACUGAAAUCUGUAAAAAAUGUACUUAAGUUUUAAACAUGUAGUGCUGUUAAACCUAACAGAUAUUCAGCUUGGAGGAUUGUGCUUUGGUGUGUUUAGUCUUACUUAUUAUGUACUCUUGCACAUAUUAAAAAUAGUUCAAUUGCCUGGCAUUGAUGCAAUAAUUUGAUGUAUGUUACUUAAACUGGAUGAUGAGAAUUGUCAAUAAAGUCAUUAGGUGCAUUUGGGACAUGUAGCACAAACUCUG